GGUAAGCGGAAGUUGGGUUAAUUUCCGGUUAGCUGGUCAUUGAGGCAGCUUUGAGCUUGUCGAUAUAAACAUCUUGGUUUUUAGAUUGUAUUAGUUGGAUAUAUAUUAUUUUUUGCAGCGUUUCUUAUAACGUGUUUUGAAAGGUAAUGUAGAAAACAAGCAGAAAAAAUUCCUUAUGUGUUUCUAAACGCUUAGAGAUAGUUAGCAAAACUGAUAAUAAACAGAGCUUACGACUAAUUGAGUCAUGGCCGAUCCGGCGCGCGUUAAAAACGAACCAGGAAAUGAUGCAGAGACCAGAGAGAACGUUCGCCAGGAUGAAAACGCAGGCGAGGGUUCAAGCGGAGGAGCCGCGGAUUCAGAGACGCCGAUGGAUCAGACCAGCAUGAAACAGGAGGAUAGAGUGGUUUUGGCAAAAGGAGUGACGGGAGGAGACGAGGAUGACGAAGGACAAUCAAGUGGUCAACCUUCUGCCGCCAAAAAAAUUAAACUGGAGCCGGAGAAGAGGAAGGAGAAGAGACAAAAAGUGGACGAGGACGAGAUCCAGAAGAUGCAAGUGUUGGUGUCUUCGUUCUCUGAGGAGCAGCUGAACCGCUAUGAGAUGUACAGACGCUCAGCUUUUCCUAAAGCGGCUAUUAAAAGGCUGAUUCAGUCCAUCACGGGAUCAUCGGUGUCUCAGAACGUCGUCAUCGCCAUGUCCGGCAUCUCCAAAGUCUUCGCCGGGGAGAUUGUUGAAGAAGCUCUGGAUGUGUGUGAGAAAUGGGGAGACACGCCUCCACUGCAGCCCAAACACAUGAGGGAGGCGGUGAGGAGGCUGAAGAGCCGGGAGCAGAUCCCCAACACCAAACACAAACGCAUCCUCUUCCACUAAACACACACACGGAGCUACAGUGAUCAUACAGUUUAAACGUUAAAGGAGCCAUUUGUAAUGUUCGCCAUGGAGGUGAACUGCUAUGGAAACACUCCCAGUCUUUGUGAUUGAAGCUGUAUGUUUUGUGGAAUUAUUUUUCUUAUUGGAAUCUUAUUCCAGGACCAGAAGCCUGAAAUGAAGAAACAAAACCGCUCUAUUCUUCGAAGAUAUCUUUUUGAAAGUGUAUAAAUAUAUAUAAAAAAACAGUCUUGUUACAUGUGCCAUAAAAAUGGCUGAGAUUACAUCCUCCCAUUCUUGUUUCUCCUCUAACAGAACAUUGAUGAACACUGAACAGAUCAUGUGACCUGGUAUCGUUUCCAUCAUCCCCUUGUUCGGUUCCUGCCUCUGUGCCGACAAACUUGCGUGCUAUUCGGUUUCCAGCAGCGCGUCGUCCCUUUUCUAAUGCACUUCUAUUAAAUUCGGUUUAGUGUGAAAUACAGGAUUGAAGCAAAGUGAUGACGCUCUUGCUGGGACUGAAAAUCCUGCAGUUUUCGGCACACGGGGUGUUCAUUUUUCUACUUUUAGUCCACAUUAGUGUCGCUGUAAAUACCUCGAUGAGUGUUUUAGUUUUGAAAUAAAAGUUGUUUUUACCAUG